UUUACACACCCAUUGAUACACAUCUACCUGUGCGUUAGCUCCAAGAAACGGUCUUGCUCUAGGGUUAGAAGACAAUCGGUCGCACAGCCUGGUCGGGCUACCUGUGCGUGGCAGAGUGCGUAAAUUAUUGAAUACAGUGUAUACGGAACAGUAAUGGCGAGGCAACUUGGUUGUAGGUUGAUUGACCUACUGUUGGCUCUAAUCAUUUUCAUGCUAGUGGCAUCUCUAUGUGUUAAAGCAGCCUGCCCUCCAGCAGCUGGAGAUAGUACUACACAAGUGCUAGACUUCGUCUUUAUACCCGAGGAACAAUACGACAGAAACUAUUCCGAAAUAACUGAUGAAGGGACACGUCCCCUGGGAUUCCUGAAAGGAACCGUUUACUACAUGGAUGAGGGACGUCCGAACCCAUGCGUCCGAGUAACUAGUGAUAAUAUGAUAGACAGGGUGGAGGUGCUGGCUGAAACUGUACCAAGCAACUCACGUGUGUGUGUCAGAGGUGGAAACCAGGCAGCCGAGGAUGUGUGUGCUGUUGAUGGAAACAUCAAUCACUGUUCAGAAUCUUUGAAUGUUAAAACCAUCUACUUUGAGUUUUACUGUGAUUCUGGCUGCUCACAGUCCGAUGUCAACUACUGGUUCAGAUUCACCCUCAGUCAUGGAGAUCCCGAGCUUUGGUGUGCAAGUCGACCGAAUGAAUUUCCCAGCAGUCUUGGGUCGCCUCUACCUCCCAGCCACAAGCCCAACCCAGUGACCACACCGAGUCCAGGUGGCGUGUCACCUACAGCUAUGACGUCUCUUGCCGCAGUGAUACUACUCGCACUACUGGCUUCUGACAUGUGCAUCGCAUAAAUCCACUAAUACCAAGGACAUGUAUAGCUGAUCACAGGUCCUGCAUGUGUGUGUGUGUGUGUGUGCGUGUGCGUGUGCGUGUGCGUGUGCGUGUGCGUGUGCGUGUGUGUGAGCGCGCGCGCGUGCGUGCGUGUGUGUGUGUGUGUGUGUAUGUGUGUGUGUGUGCUACUGUGCAUACAUGCUAAAUCAUCUACAGGGAGUAGUGAGUGGAUUAUUAUUAGACUGCCGUAUUUUUUUUUACACUAUCAACUGAAUCGGUGGAAUUUUUAUAAAUUAUUUUUGAUGUGAAUGCGUAUAUGUGCUGGCAGUCUUUUAAACAAAAAUGUGGAAAGACACGGAUGAAUGUAGUGUUCUUAAUGAUUUAUUUAUUCUAGCAGAAUGUAGGGUGCUAUUUUUACCUGUUAUGUGUACAAAAUGUUUUCCAAUUAGCAGGAAACUAAUUGUUAUGUAAUCAGUACUGUAUGUAGUUGUAUAUAAUUUGUGUACUUGUGCAGUACAAUCAGAAUCCGAACGUGCCCGAGACGCUACGUACGUGAGAUCGGUUCCGAAUUCGUGUGACCUAAACAUUCCCAUAUUUGUUUCAUUAAUCGCAUGUCCACGAAGCGCCAAGUAAACCCCCUUCGCGCUUGCAUUAUCCUACAAUAAUUAAUCUAUGCGUUCGCCAUCUGAUACUUCCGCAUGGCGGCGCUUCGACGCGCCGGCGUAGCGUGGUGCGCCGAAUAAAUCACGUUGAAUGAGUGACGUCUCGAUGCACACGCCCGUUCGUCGCCGGUUACGUUUACCAGGAGGCUGCGUGUGUUUACGCUGCGCGUGCAUGUGUUCUUAGUUCGCUGCCGCCUGCGUGAAUCCCGUCUGCCACGUGGCUGCAGGCGCGCCGGUAACUAGGCUACGGCGCUCUGCUUCUACAGACGUCGCCGCCUGUGGUGUAACCCAUCUGCUUAUUGUGCGUAAUAUCAAGAGUAGAUAAUAACACAUAGUAAAUUAGUUGUUAGUAAGUUAGUUAGUAACAUAGUUAAUAAUAGUUAUUAUCUACUCUUGGUAAUAAGUAAACGCAGCUUAGCUGCCGUGUGAACGAUCAUCGAGCCCUGGUUCGAGUCCAGCUUUUCAAUGAGAAAUCGGACGCGUUGCGGCGGAUAACGUAGCACAAUCGUUAUAACGAAUCAAGUCUCGGAUAGUAUUCGUUUGUCAAAGGUGAUAGAAUAAGUAACUGUGAUAAGGACGAGGACUGUAAAAUGCGUAGCUAGUGAUAACACGGCCUGUUCACAAUCAAACAUGUAGUUAAUUGUAAAGAACAAUUUUCGAGAAUUGUGUCCAGUACUAGAUAUAAGGGAACAAUGAUCACGCCUGGGACGCGAUACUGCAUAUAGAGUGGGUUACUUCUUCCAGAUGCAGAGCCGUAGGCUGAGCAAAUUCCUAGGGGUGGGGGGCAAAAUUUCAUGACUCAACUGUGUAAUGAUGAGCGACGGGCCCAGCUCUUGAUCGACGUUCAUAGUGUGGUAGGGGGGGGGUCUGAGACCAGGCUUUCAAAGGAAAGCGACCAAAAAAAUCACGUUAGGGUUAUUUAUGAUUAUUAGCUAAGCUUAUUUUUUAAUUUUGCUCCAAAAUCUAGGGGGGCAGCUGCCCUCUUGCCCCCCCCCUCAGUCUACGGCCCUGCACAGUAUGUUAAUUCUCAGUGGGAGACACAGAUAUCCGCGCCUAGAAUCGGGUACUCUUCCCAGGAGAGAGUAAUUGACAUUGAUGAACGUAGCAGCGACUUUGGCGUCGCUCGGCAACGAUGUUAUGACGAAAUUGUGUUCUCAUUAAAGUUUUUCUCCUUCUUACAAAU